AUUUUUUUGAGCCUUGUCGUUUUUGCAUCUGGACAUACCAAGUCCACAAGUGAAUCGUCAAAACAAAAACGCAGUAUUUUUGAGAUUGAGAGUCCAAUUUCAAGUUACGGGCACGGUUAUCCUUGGACUAGGAGUAAAAAUUUAUUGAAAGUUUUAAAAAUUCCAUCGGAAUUGUCAUUAUUGCCGACUCGAAGCAUAGUAAGCUACGGUAGCGCAGCAAGACCGCCCAGUCCAUUAUUUGUAACAAAACAUAUCAUUGUUGAAAAGCAAAUUCCGGUACCUGGGAAACCAGUAAUUUAUGAAAAACAAGUACCAAUCCAUGUUCCUGUUCAUGUGCCAGUAAAGGUUCCAGUUGACAGAUUUGUUCCUGUAACAGUUGAAAAAUCAGUGCCAGUUCCUGUACCUCAGCUUCUUCCAUACCCAGUUGAACGUCAAGUACCAGUCCGUCAAGACGUACCUUACCCAGUACCAAUAAUCAUCACUCAAAUAGCUCAAGCUCCGCAACCAACUUCUGCACCGCAAACUUUUCAAAUAGCUUCUCAGCCGAGUCCACCACCUCAAGUUCUCCAGUUGGCCCCAGCACCACAACAAAAUCCACCUCCUCAACUUUUUCAAUUAGCACAAGCUCCACAGCAAAGCCCACCACCGCAACUUCUUCAAUUAGCACAAGCUCAACAGCAAAGUCCACCACCGCAACUUCUUCAAUUAGCACAAGCUCAACAGCAAAGUCCACCACCGCAACUUCUUCAAUUAGCACAAGCUCAACAGCAAAGCCCACCACCGCAACUUUUUCAAUUAGCACAAGCUCCACAGCAAAGUCCACCACCGCAACUUCUUCAAUUAGCACAAGCUCAACAGCAAAAUCCACCACCUCAGCUUCUUCAAUUAGCACAAGCUCCUCAACCUACACUGGCGACACCCACCUUCAGUCAACUUCAAUCCAAUUUAGCACCUCAACUAUCCAAUUCGAGGCCUUCAAUCUUACCAAUCAAUUUUUCUGUUAACGCU